GUUAAAGGAAAAGUUAAACUUGGAGAUACAGAGAUGGAACCUGAAUCAGAGAUGGAACCUGAAUCUGAUGAAACUUUGUGUAUGCAGUUUCAAAAAUAUCAACAGGAGGAUACUUUGGAAGCACUUUUAGACGAGGAUACUGAGAAAAAUUCUUCCCUAGAUCAGCCUACUGUAUGUUUGGAACACCCAGACACUGAAGAAUCCAUGGAGCAGUUAAAAAUCAUUGAAGAAGAUGUAGAAGAUCAAGUUAUAAAAACUAUAGAGAAUAUACAAAGCAACUUGAAUGAAUUAACUGAAAAAAUAAAUAAAAAAAUGUGUGCAGAAGCUAGAAACCAGAGCAAUUUGAAUGAAUUAAAAACAUCUGUUAAGGAUUCUCCUGGUUUGAAGAUGAUAACACCACAAGAAAAAUCUUGGUUAAAGUUAAAUUCAAAAUGUUUCUUUAGAAAGCAGUUAAACUUCUUAGAUUAUGAACAUUUUCUAAAAUACCAAAAAACUGUUAUUUAUCUAGAUCAUUUCAGACCAGAGAAACCAGUGUUAUGCGUGUGUCCAUAUAGAUAUAAUGGUCAUGUGUUGGCAAGUCCUUGGUGUAUGAUGUAUGAGGUCUACAGACUUCUUAGUCUCAGAAGUGCAAACAUUGAGUCUGAACAUCCUAUUACAAUACGGCUAGCUAGAGAUGGAUUUUUUGGUGAUAGUAGUGGGAUUGUGUCUUGUGUUUUCUGUGACAGUAUGAUACCAAAUUACCUUUUUCUGUCACAAUCCCAUGAUGAGCUUAUCACUUUCCUUGACAAUCAUUGUAGGCAGUGUAUGCGAAGAAGAAGACGUAAUACACUAUUGCAAAAUUACGGUAAUCAGUUGAAUUUAGUAGAUCUAAUGGCCUCAAGUAUUAACUUAGUGCCUUCUGGAAGCUCGCAUCAUACACAGGGAACAAGGUAUAAUAGUACAGUGGCUAGAUGGAUUACUGAUCACGUUCAAGAAAUAGUGCCUUCUGGGAGGUGUCUUCCUCAAGCAGCAUCACCUGGACUACCACAACCUGAUCUUACUCCAGCUGUGAUUGUUCAACAAGGACCAAUACCUAGUGAUGGACGGUCAGUGAUUGUUCAACAAGGACCAAUACCUAGGGAUGGACGGUCAGUGAUUGUUCAACAAGGACCAAUACCUAGGGAUGGACGGUCAGUGAUUGUUCAUCAAGGACCAAUACCUAGGGAUGGACGGUCUGUGACUGUUCAACAAGGACCAAUAUCUAGGGAUGGACGGGCAGUGAUUGUUCAACAAGGACGAAUAUCUAGUGAUAGACGGUCUGUAACUAGAAGAAACGUCCCAGCUGUAUCACUUUCAACUGUUGACCAAGCUCAAGCUAACCCUUCAACACCGCCUGAUGUACCUAAUGAACUGGUUGUACCUGCCAGUAGAACAAAUGUCUCAGCUGUAAUACCAAGGAGUUAUAUCAAUCCUACCCCUCAGUCAAGUCACAUGGCUGAGGGGGAGUCACAGCAACAGAUGGAGGAAAUCAAUGAGCAACCCCUAAAUGGAUUAGGAAUAGGAACUGGGGCUGGAGAAGAAAUUAUAAGAGGAGAGUUACCUAGCAAUAGUGAUGCGCAUGUUGGAGAGGAGGACAACACUCGUGUUGAUGUUGAAAGACAGUUACCUGAACCCAGAUCAGAAGAAAAUAUCAAUUCUACAGAAAAAUUGCCACAUGUCAUAGAUGAGUUUGUUAGAUCAAGUGCUGGAUUGGCGGCAGCAGCAGACGGUUAUACACAUCGGCAAAUAUAUGGUGCUGUGGAACGUCUUAUUGUCAACAGAGACUUCAUCACAUAUGGAAAUAUUAUUGGGAUGCUCAGAGUCAUGGGCGAGUCACCAAGGCGUUAGUUUGUGUGAUAAUUUAGAAGAUGAGAAGUUUAAGAGUAGAAUAUUUUGGACAUUUCCUAAAGAGAAUGAAGAGAAUUUGAAUUAAGCACUUCUACAAGGGGAACAAAACUUUAAAGGAUUGAGAAAAAGAAGACAGAUUAUAUUGUAUACAUAAAUAAUAAAGGAAAUUAUUCACAAACAUGAUUUAAUUGUAACUUCUGAUAGCAUGAUUGUAUGGCUUGUGUAUUUUAACGUAAAGAAAAGCCUAUCUAUAGGAAAAUGGAUAAACUUGAGAAUAUUCAUAAUGAUAGGGGAAGGGCAAUUUAUUUUGUUAACUUGUAAACUAGGUUAUAAGUUAUUUAAGUGAUUGGUUACAGUUAUAAAGAUUCACAUUACCAAAGUUAUGCAAACAUUGUAAUGAUCUAUGUUUAUAGCAGAUUUUUUACUCAGAUCUUUUUUUUAUUACAGCUGUUUUUUUUGUUUUUUUAGCUCACCUCUCACAAAGUGACAGGGUGAGCUUUUGUGAUCGCUUUUCGUCCGGCUUCCGUCCGUCUGUUGUCCGUCCGUAAACUUUUACUUUAAAUGAUAUCUCCUCAUAAACCACUAAGCCAAUUUCAUCCAAACUUCACAGGAAUGUUCCUUUGGUGGUCACCUUUAAAUAUUGUUCAAAGAAUUUAAUUCCAUGCAGAACUCUGGUUGCCAUGGCAACCGAACAAAAAAACUUAAAAUAUUUUCUUUUAAAAAAUGCAAAGAGCUAGAGCUUAGAUAUUUGGCAUGAAACGUCUUCUAGUGAGUGUCUACCAAGUUUGUUCAAAUAAAAGCCCUGGGGUCAAAAUUGGCUCCGCCCCAGGGGGUCAUUGAUUUUUCCUAUAUGCAUAUAGUAAAAACUUAAAAAAUCUUCUUUUAAAGAACCCAUAGAGCUAGAGCUAAGAUAUUUAGCAUGUAACAUCUUCUAAUAAGUGUCUACCAAGUUUUUUCAAAUAAAAGUCCUUGGGUCAAAAUUGGCCCCGCCCCAGGGGGUCAUUGAUUUUCCCUAAAUGCAUAUAGUAAAAACUUAAAAAAUCUUCUUUUAAAGAACCCAAAGAGCUAGAGCUAAGAUAUUUAGCAUUAAACAUGUUCUAAUUGGUGUCUACAAAGUUUGUUCAAAUAAAAGCCCUUGGGUGAAAAUUGGCCCCACCCCGGGGGUCAUUGUUUUUCCUUAUAUAAUGUAUGGCAAAAACUUAAAAAUCUUCUUUGAAAAAACCCAAAUAGCUAGAGUUUAGAUAUUAAGCAUCAAACAUCUUCUAGUAAGUGUCAACAAAGUUUGUUCAAAUAAAAGCCCUGGGGUUAAAACUGGCCCCUCCCCAGAGGUGUCAUUGUUUUUAACUAUAUGUGUAUAGUAAAAUCUUAAAAAAUCUUCUUUUAAAAAACCCAAUGAGCUAGAGGUAAGAUUGUUAAGCUGGAAACAUCUUUUUGUGGGUGUCUACCAAGUUUGUUCAAAUAAAAGCCCUGGGGUUUAAACUGGCCCUGCUCCGGGGGCCUAUAUACAGGUGAGCGACCUCAGGGCCAUCAUGGCCCUCUUGUUAGGAAUCAGGACAUAAAUUAAAAUCAAUUUUUAAUCAUGGAAAUAACAUUCUUUAUCUGAUAUUUUUAAGAUGAGUAAAAAAUACUCACAAAUUGAGAUUAGAUAUUAGCUUAUGGCAGCAUGCCUUUAUGUACAUGCUUUUUCCUCAUGUAAAUUUUGAAAAUAUAUUUAAAAGUAAAAAUAUUAUGAAGUGAACAAAGGAAGUUAUUUACAUUUUGCAAACAGCGUUUACAUUCCAUAUUAAUCACCAAAAUGAGGUCAAAAUAUGCAAAAAUAGCCUUGAUUGCAUUAGUCCUGCAGUAGAAAAAUUGUGAUGAAUACUGUGAUAUAGCAAUAUGCUAAAACCAAGAAACUAAAACUAAUAUUUUUUUUAAAGAUUUUAUUCCAAACAUAUUACUGUGAUAUUGAAAAAAAUGUGCUACAAGUGUUAGUUCACUAUAAUAUAGUGCUCUUUUAAUUUAUUUAUAUUUAACAACUGUUCCCAGAAAUUAUGUAUUGUUGACUUGUAAACUUCAAUUGUGUCUGUAAGUUUUAAAUAAAGUGUUUUUGUUAUUGAUUUAUAAAGUUGAGCAUUAAGAAUACUUUAUGUUUAACAUAACUGUUAGUAUUACAAAAAUAAGCAUUGUUUCCAUAAUAACACAAUGCAUGCUUUCAUUUAAGAUUAGACUAAAACAGUUUGACUGAGUUUGUUAAUUGAAAUGUUUUUUCAUAACUUUUUAGAUUGUUAAAUUUGAUAUUAUAGCAUAAGAGAAAGUAAUAACAUACAAGGUAAAGUGUUUUACUUGAAGUUAUAAGUGUAACCUUGAUUAAUGUACACAGUGUUUUACAGUAAUACGUUUUACCUAAAAUGUAUAUUAUUUACUGAUAAUGAUAAAGUGCCAUAUUUUAAGUUGUGAGUGGUCUGUGGCUUAGUGGUGAAGUUGUUGACUUUAAACCACUUACCUCUUUUUUAUAUCUUUUUUUUAUUACAGCUUUUUUUGAGGUUGUUUUUUUUUAUGGGGGGUUGUUUUUAAGGCAUCAGGACAUGAAUUAAAAUCAAUUUUUAAUCAUGGAAAUAACAUUCUUUAUCUGAUUUUUUUUAAGAUGAGUUAAAAAUACUCACAAAUUGAGAUUAGAUAUUAACUUAUGGCAGCAUGCCUUUAGGUUCAUGCUUUUCCUCAUGUAAAUUUUGAAAAUGUUUUUAAAAGUAAAAAUAUUGUGAAGUGUACAAAGGAAGUUAUUUACAUUUUGCAAAUGGCAUUUACAUUCCAUAUUAAUCACCAAAAUGAGGUCAAAAUAUGCAAAAAUAGCCUUGACUGCAGUAGUCCUGCAGUUUAAAAAUUGUGAUGAAUACUGUGAUAUAGCAAUAUGCUAAAACCAAGAAACUAAAACAUAUUUAUUUAGAUUUUAUUCCAAACACAUGACUGUGAUAUUGAAAAAAUGUGAUAUAAAUGUUAGUUCACUAUAAUAUAGUGCUCUUAUUAUUUAUUUAUGUUUAACAACUGUUCCCAGAAAUUAUGUAUUUUUGACUUGUAAACUUCAAUUGUGUCUUUAAGUUUAAAAAAAUGUUUAUGUUAUUGAUUUAUAAAGUUGAGCAUUAAGAAUACUUUAUGUUUAACAUGACUGUUAGUAUUACAAGAAUAAGCAUUGUUUCCAUAAUAACACAAUGCAUGCUUUUAUUUAAGAUUAGACUAAAGUAGUUUGACUGAGGUUGUUAAUUGAAAUAUAUUUUUUAUAACUUUUUAGACUGUUUAAUUUGAUAUUAUAGCUUAAAAGAAAGUAAUAACAUACAAGGUAAAGUGUGUUACUUGAAGUUAUAAGUGUAACCUUGAUUAAUGUAAACAGUGUUUACAGUAAUACAUUUUACCUAUAAUGUUUAUUAUUUACUGAUAAUCAUAAAGUGCCAUAUUUUAAGUUGUGAGUGGUCUGUUGCUGAGUGGUUAAGUCAUUUACCUCUUACAGCUGUAGGUUCGAAUCCUACCCGGGACUUUUGAUCCUUUCAUGUCACCAUAUGACCUUUACUGUGUUGGUGCGACAUAAAUCCAACCGGAAAAAUGUUUGUGACACUGGUUGUAAUAUCAGACCAUGUUUUUGGUUAUGAGCCGAUAAUGUAUGUGUUUAUUUAUUAAUAAAAGACAGUGCUAUUUUAUCUUUGAUACACAAAGACAUCAAAGUAUGUGCUCUCUGUGCUGGUAAUAUUCUCUUUUACUAUGAAUAUCUGUCUUUUUUUUUUACUUAAUGAUCAGAAUUUAACUUGUUGUUAUACCAGACCUUGUUUUUGGUUAUGAGCUGAUAAUGUAUGUGUUUAUUUAUUAAUAAAAGAAAGUGCUAUUUUUUCUGUGAUACAAGAAGAUAUCAAAAUGUAUUAUGUCUGUGCUUGGUUAACAUUGUUUUAUAUAUGGUUAUAUUCUCUUUUGUUAUGAAUAUCUGUCAUUUUUUUACAAAAUGAUCAGAAUUUAUGUAAAUAGUUUGUUAAACCAUAUUAAGAAUUGUAUAGAACUUUUUAAGAAAAUGAUUUGAUAGUAUAUUGAUAAGAGAUGUAAAGAUUACUGCAUUGGGAUUUUCCAUAUCCAAACAUAGUGUAUACAGCAGAAAAAAUGGCAAAUCAUCACUAUGUUAUACAUACAGAUUUUACCUUGUAUCUAUUUUAUAGCAAUAAUGUGAUGAAUACAACCAUUGUCAUAGAUAGUAAGAAACUUGACUUUUGGGUAUUUUGAUAAUUUUUUUUUUUUUUUUUUUUUUUUUUCUGUUGUAUUCUUUACUGUCAUAAUGAUUGUUUAUUUUAUAUCUUAAAGCAGUUAGUCUGCUUAGCUCAAUAGAGAAAGCAUGGAUGUUUUAAUCCAGUGGUCGCUGGUUUGAUUCUCCUGUGAGGAGGAAAUUUGUCCAUGAAAAUUGAUUCCAGACCUUGUGUCUAAUGGUCAUUUGUCUCUUACCUCUGAUUUAGAAAUCAUGUGGGA